CUGACAAGAAUUAACAAAAACCUAACUAUCUCUUACAGUCAGUUUUGCAUUUAAUGAGUGACACAACUGCAAAGUCCCAUAAUUCUGUAAGAAGAAGGACCUCUGUUGUUCUGGGAAUCACAGAAAAUGUACGAGGCUGCACUAUUGAACAGGCACAUGAAAAAUGUAAAGGAUCCAAGAAGAAACAGCGUAACGCUAGUAAAAUGAGGAUUCAAAUAGAUGGACGAGGGAAGCAAAAAGUACCCGAGAUGUCCCCAUGCGUGCGCUCGCGUGACUGCGAGGAGGGGCUGUGCUGCGCACUCUACUUGACCGGUAGGAGAUGUCAGCGCGUUCCCGCGUUGGGCGAGGUCUGCUUGCUUCGGGGACGCGCCAAAUUCCGCCGAAGACUGGAUCGAUGCGACUGUGAGAAAAGCCUUUACUGCAAGCCGCAAGCCGAUAGCCCCCGUGGACAGGGAGUGUGUUACCUACAUGCGAAGCACGAAAAGGACUGGUUAACCACUGAGAAAAUAAGAUGAAAAGAUUACUCAGUAGUAAAUGUUCUGGAUUAGAAACGUAUUAGGAAACGUAAUGACAGUAUUUUUUAGUAAAAAAAAAAAAAAAUUGAAGUAAGCAAUUGUAAGUUGUAUUUUUUAAGAUUUUCUGCGAAUCAAAAACACAACUUUGAGAAAGCAUGCCCUGGCUUUGUGCAACUUUAAACCAAGUCACCGAGCACCCUCUGUUGGGGAUAAACGUGAAAUACAAAAAGGGGAAAUGUCCAGCUUGUCAAGUAGGCCUAGUGCCAUUUGAUUUAUAGUUUAAUACAAACCUGUCGAAAACGUUUUAAACAUUACAAAGGAAUUGGGUACAACGCUAGCUGCCUUCGUUGCUCUCGGAAAUUCGAUAUUUCCCUCUGCAACGGUGCUCUUUUAAUGUUAGGAUUGAAGUAGGUAUUAUCCAACUUCCUAAAAACGUCGGUCCACGCGGUCUCCAGUGAAGUUGUUCUCAGAACGUUUCAGCGUAUCUGUAGGUUGAAUCUCUUUAUAUACCUCUCAAACAAAAUUAAUGACACAAAACAACCGCAAACUCAACUUUAAUGAAGCCAUUAGCAUUACAUUAUUCAGUGCUGGAACAAAUAUUUUAUUCAUCUGAUAAUUUGAAUAAAUAUCCUUUAUAUUACUCCAUAAAACUUGCGCCCAAGUUUGAGAACCACUGCUCUAGUGAUUGUUACAGAUACAGCCAGGUCAACAUCGUAUUGGCAUCUAUUAUUCACAUAGCUAAGAUUACACAUGUUCCAGCUGU